CUUUCCUACAUUGAGCAUUCGUGAAUUCCAUUGUUUUCCUAAUCUCUUCUCUUUUUUAUAAUCUAUAUCUCCUUUAGUGUCACUAAGCAUGUCUUUCAUUAUGUUACCAUCUCUGUAGUUAUCUGAGAAAUUAUUUAUGACUUCUUUGUUCUCUUGUUUGUUCACUUGUUGCUUCUACUGUUACCACUUCAGAGAGUCCAGGUGGAUGGCUUCCGUAUUUCUCUACCUCAUUGUUCCCUGGGUUUGCAUUUGGUAAACUGGACGUCUGGGGCUGUGUCUUGCUUAGGUGUAUUCUCAUUUUCUAUUUUUAUUUUUAGUUUAAUUUCUGGGUUGAUAUUUGUAAACUGCCUAUAGCGAAUAGCUUUAUUGUUAGUAAUUAGAACCCUCAGGAAAUGACUACUUCUCAGUGGUGUCUUCCAGGUGCAGUUGAUUUUUGGGUUUUGGGUCUGUUUCACAUCCUACUUUUUCAAUUUAUUGGGAAUGAGAAGUUGCCACAUACUUGACCCAGCCCCUGUUUCUUUGGCACUGACCUAUAUGAUUUUUUAUGACCCUCUGUGAAUCUCAUUGUCGAUAUACCAGGAAGACAGCUCAUUUGAACUAUAAUAUCACUUUGUCUAAAGAGAUACAAUCAGAAGUAAGAGUAGCAUCCAGCACAGUCUAGAAAAUGACAAACUGAGGUAACUACUUAGUUGACACCUUUAACUGUAUGAACUGGAUUUGUGGUUAUAUAAUCUCAAAUAAACCAGACUAUCAUAAACAGUAAAUAAGCUCUCAAUAUGCCAAUUUUGUCUUAAGGGAAAAAAAUUUUAAAUGGGCUAGGGGCAAAAAUAGAAAGAAGAAAAGAAGGAGAUUGGGAGCUAGCCUGGGCAACAAAAGCAGAUCACACAAGCUUUGGGAAACUGGUGCAGAAGGCAGGAAGGGCACAGAGAAGGAAGAUAUAAAGACAAGAAAAGAACAGAACAACAACAACAAAACUAGAAACCAUGUUCACAUUUAUAUUUAAAAAACUAAAAAAAUAAAGAAAGAAAAUAAAAAAUGAAAAAAGUCCAUUUCAUAUUGUAUCUCUGCUACCACUGCUAGGCAAUGUGAGCAGAGUGCUUGAAGGUGAUUAGGAGCCACUAGGUGGAGCCAGCGGCUACCCAGAGUCCCCAGCUUACCUGGCCUCUCUCCAAGAGGGCUCUCGCCAAUUGCCCUCUGCUGCAGGACAUCUCACCAGCUGCUGCAGUCACUGCUCUGCUCCGCUGGUGCUGUUCCCUGUGGAGGCCUCUCGGGUCACCAGCAGUUGCCGUGUGUCUGCAGGUUCAAGCUGCCCCUCCCACGCCUGAUCAGAAAUGAGUGACUGGGCAGAUAAAAACAAUUCCAUUCAAGAGGGACACUCAGAUCAAAGUUCUUCAGAGAAAACCUGUCAAAUUGGGCAGAAGCAACUGCAACAAAUAGAGCGGCAGCUAAAAUGCUUGGCAUUUCAAAACCCUGGACCACAGGUAGCAGACUUCAAUCCUGAAACCAGACAGCAGAAAAAGAAAGCACGGAUGUCAAAAAUGAAUGAAUAUUUCUCUGUGAAGUACAAAGUCGUGAAGAAAUACGACAAAAGUGGCAGGCUAGUUUGCAACGACGUGGACCUGUGUGACUGCCUGGAGAAGAACUGCCUGGGCUGCUUCUACCCCUGCCCCAAGUGCAACUCCAACAAGUGUGGGCCCGAGUGCCGCUGCAACCGGAGGUGGGUUUACGAUGCCAUUGUCACCGAGUCUGGAGAUGUGAUCAGCUCGCUGCCAUUUAACGUUCCGGACUAGAAGCUGAUAGGAAUGGAUCCAUUUGUUUCUUCUCUCUAUCCAUUAAGUUAACCAUUUUCUGCUGGGAAAGUUUAGGGUUUGGACAAAAUAUUGGAAAAAUCUACUCUGAAUUUCACUUCUUUGAAGCUUCAGAAUGUUGUAGAAUUGGCAGUAAUUCUACAAACUUCUGUAUCUUCUCAAAUUCCUUAACUAUUACUAAAGGAUGUGAUGGUGAAUGGAUCAUCUUCGCCCCUCAGCACCACCAUCUCAACUCUGCCAUCGUAUUAAAAAUCUGUCCCCUUUUGGCUGGUGUCUGAAAAUACAUAGUUUUAAGAUUUUCGGAAGUCUGUAGCUGAGAGCUUUUCUUAACUGGAACUGGUGGCAUGCCCCUGUAAUCCCAGCACUCAGGAGGCUGAGGAAGGAGGAUCUCUAUGAGUUUGAGGCCAACCUGGUUAUGCAGUGAACCCAAAUUCAACCUGAAUUACCUAGUAAGACUCUGUCUUAAAAAAAAAAAGAUUACUAUAGAUCUCUAGUUCCAAAUCAUGAUUAUCAUUUGAAUGAAAAGUAAUCCUUGUAUCUUUGUGCUGUAUAACAUUAGCCUCAUUUUUUGUUUGUGUUUUAAUGGCAUUAAAAUUAAAUUUGUUAAUAUAUUAUUUCAUCAUUAAAAAUUUGUAUUUUUCAUAUAAAAUUGAGAAACUAUUCCAAAAGCCAUUGGUUUACAUUUUUAAUUCCAGGAUAGGUAUUUCAGGAUUUGAUUUCAAUAGGCAAAAACUUUAGUAAAUAAUCAAAAAUGAUUUACUGACAAAUAUAUUGAUAAGUGGUUGAAACUAGGUGUAGCUUUCCCAGCUCUGAUACACUGUUAGAAGUGCAGAGAAAGUUGAAUUCAGCCUUCUUGAGUUUCUUUUUUUAUGACAAUCUUGUAGGUGAUUCUUAUAGUUGAAUGUGUAUCAGAAUCACCUAGAAAACCUUAAUGCAUAGUUUCUAGCUCACAUAGAUUUCUAGCUCACAAAACUCAAGAAUGUGCAUUUCUGGAACCACGUUAGGGAAAAUGGGAAAGGAAGGAAGGGAAAAAGGAAAAAAAUACAAGUUAGUUGUGUUACUAAUGUCUCUUAGUUCUUUAAAAAGGAAGGUUCCUGUUAAUAUCAAUUGGGGAAUUUUUAUGCCCAUAUCUUGUACUCUGAGUAACUUUUUUUUUUGUACCGGGGAUUGAACUCAUAACCACAUGCUUGCAAGGCAGGAGCUUAUGCCACUGAGCUAAAUCCCCAGCCCCCUGAGUAACUUCUUUAAACAUAACAACAUACAGUGUAUUCACUAUUAUUUCCUUAGUAUUACAUUAUGAAAUUUUGUUUUACUUUUUUUCCAUAAAUAAAAAAUAAUAAUUUGCUUUUGUAACAGUUCCCAGGUGAUGCUGAUGUCAGUGUGGAAACCACACUUUAAGAAUUACUUCCCUAACUUACAGUAGAUAGAUAAUAUAAGGAAAUAUUUACAUAAUAUAAUUUAAUAAAUUUAAAAAGUAAAUAAGAGCAUUUAGUUUCACAACAAAUUUGGAAUGUUGUAGCCUUUUCAGGGUUUAUUGUUCCAACAUAAGAACACUUGUUUCUACACAAGCUACUAGUGCCAGGGAAGCUUUUGACAAUGCUGACUUGUGUUUCUUGACCAUAUGUUUUAAGAGGAAAGUAACAAAAAUCCUAAGAAACCCAUGCUGUGAGCAUAAAACUCCUAUCCCAUGUAGCAAGAGACCUUAGAGUAUUUUGCGUUGUAUUUCCACAGAUUUCAGUGGAUUUUCUAGAUUCAGCUCACUGUCACGAGCAUCCACUGUGAACCAGUGUGUGCUCCAUGCUAGUUUUAAUCACCGCAGCCCUGUGAGGACAAUGUGACAUGAAAUUACUCAAGUCACAGCCUUUUCAAUGCUUAGGAGUAUUCAGAUCGGAGACCAGAAAAAAGGAAGGAGAGACUUUUUCUGUUGUUAUUUGGAGAAUAUUAUUAUUUUGUGAAUGCAUUGCUUUUUAACUUAUUUACUUUGA